AAACAUUGUUAAUACAUAGGUACCUUCAGAAUGUCCUGCCAACAAGGUAGUGUGGGUAGGAAUUAUAAACCUGUCUAGUUAAUUCUCCAUAGUUACUUACUAUCCACUAGACUCUCUCAGUCUCCUUGAAAUGGCCCAGAGGGUUGAAGUGCCUAGCAAUCCAGCUUAUAUUGAAAAAGCAGAUAUAAUUGAAGCAUUAGAAAAACAUAUAAGGAAAUUUGAUUGGCGUGGAGAGGAGUGUGUUGUCCUAGACGCUGAUUGUGGUCUUGGUGAAGUAACUAAGGAUAUUCUUUUACCCCUUUUACCACAGCAUGCAACUCUGAUUGGUUGGGAUUCAUCUGGUGAAAAAAUUGAAUAUUGUAAGAAGGUUAGAAAGGACGAGAGACUGUCUUUUCAUGAAAUUGAUGUUCAGUUUGUAGAUCUGUUUUUUAAUUGGAGGUUUGAUUAUUUCCAUAAAAUCUUUUCUUUUUAUUGUAUUCACUGGAUGCAGAAUUACAGGCGUUCUCUUGGCAACAUGUAUUCAUUGUUGAAAAAUAAUGGUGAUAUUUUGUUAAUAUUUCUUACACCAGACAAUCCUAUGUACCGUGCUUUUGAGAGGGUGAAACAAUUCCCUUUGUAUGAGAGACUUUUCUCAAACUUUUCCUGGUUUUAUAAGGCACCUGAGCCAGUAGGUUUUAUUCGAAGAUUACUUGAUGAGAUUGGUUUCAGUCAUGUUUAUUGUUGGAUGAAAAUGAGCAGCACUGUUUAUCCUUCUUUUGAUGUAUACAUGGAUGUGAUAGAUAAAGUUAACCCAUAUUUGGAUGGCCUGCAUCCAAAUCAAAUAGGUGAAUGCAGGAGAACUAUAUGGCAUUGCAUAAGACAUGAUCCACAGAUCACUGAAGAUGAAUCAACUGGAGAAAUCACAGUCAACUACAGCCUGGUGAUAGCGGUUGCCAAAAAAGUGAUCAAAGAAGAAACUAAAGAAAAAUAGUAGUUAUUUCAUGAUUAAAUUAUGUUUCUUAUCAAUUAUGUUUCAAUAAAAACAUUGAUUAUCCAAUCAAACUUCACUUAUAUCUUUAAACCCAG